UAUAUAUUCGUCGAAAUCUCGAUCGAUGUUCACAGGUUGUUGAAUGAACUCAAACUCAAUUUUUAUAAUUCUGAUACGUAUGACAAUAUCAUUAUGGCUGGAACAAUUCAAUUUGCUUCUGCAAUUCGGGCGGUUAAGCCCGAACUUGAAAAAUUGGGGUUUAGUAUUUUGAUUCCUCAAGCUAAACCGUUAUCGGCUGGGGAGGUACUCGGCUGUACUGCCCCGAGUGUUAAGAACAGGUUUUCUGAUGGAGAGAAUGUGGUUUUGGUAUUUGUGGCUGACGGUAGGUUUCAUUUGGAGGCGUUUAUGAUAGCGAAUCCGGGGAUAAAGACUUAUAGAUAUGAUCCAUUUAUAGGGAAGUUGUUUGUGGAGGAGUAUGAUCAUAAGGGAAUGAAGGAGGAGAGGAAGAGAGCGAUUGAGAAGGCGAGGGGGGCGAAGAAUUGGGGGAUAGUGCUUGGGACAUUAGGUAGGCAAGGCAAUCCAAGGAUAUUGGAUAGGUUAGAGAAGAAGAUGUCGGAAAAGGGGAUGACUUGGACAGUUGUGUUGAUGUCGGAGAUAUCUCCUAUGAGGAUUGCAUUGUUUGAGGAUGCAGUGGAUGCCUGGAUUCAGAUUGCUUGUCCGAGGUUGUCAAUUGAUUGGGGAGAUGCGUUUAAAAAGCCUUUGUUAACGCCAUUUGAGGCGGAGAUUGCAUUGGGUGAUUUGUCUGGGUGGUGGGAGAGGAAGACAUCAGUGAAUUCAGAUAUGUGUUGUGAUGAAGAUAUGAAGUGUUCAAAGAAUGAAUCUUGUGGUGCUUGUGAUAAUGGUGGCGAGAAAGUGAAGGAAGAGACACAAGUGGAUUAUCCGAUGGAUUAUUAUGCUCAGGAUGGUGGGGAGUGGAAUUCUUGCUACUCUAAGAAGCCUGCUAGACUUUCACAAAGAAGUAGUCAAUCUUGUAAUGGUGCCAGUGCCAUCAAAUCUAAUAGCUGAGCUAACUUGUUCCAGCUGGACAUAUUGCUGCCAUCGUAAAUGGAGUUUACACUUCUAAAGGUGGAAUGAAAAAAGGGUGAUGCUAAGGCUGUAAAAGUAUGGAGAAACCACCUGCUACCUUUAACCACGGCCAUGAUUAAUUCAGUCCUAGAAAGGAUUUUAAAAAAUCUGGGUAUUCACUGAGGCGCCAUUAAAGUGAAGGCUGGAAAGUUCGCAAAUGUAAUGCAUGUGGUAUCUUGCUUAGAUAUUUUUAAAAAUUGCUUGCUCUUUUUGUCUUAGCGUCAUUGUUAAGCUAUUAAGGUUUGAUGAAAGAUGAUUCUUUUAAUUUGUUUAUCAUUUGAGAGGAUGUACUAUGUAUCAUACUUAUUCAAUGAACAAAGAGUUGUGUUA